GAACUUGCUAUGUAUCUGGGGAUGACCUUGAAUUUCUGAUCCUUCUGAGUACUGAGAUUACAGGCACAUUCCACCACAACUGGUUUAUGAAGGGCUGGGGAUCAGUCCCAGGGCUUCAUACAUACUGGGCAUCACUUGCCAACUGAAUAGACUGUCCCAAGUCCCAGAGUUGAGUUUCUAAAGAGCAAAAGUACUUGUCCACUUUGCUGGAACUCCCCAGUGAUAUUCAUAAACUCCAGAUGAGGUUCUCAGUUGUUUCCCCAGUUCUAGAAUUUUGUAGCAUGCCAGCACAUGACAGUCUCCAGUGUGCCUGUGUUGCUCUGAAUGUUUCUGGGAACUUAAUGCUUCCUGACUCCCUCAGUUACCAUCCAGCUUAUGGUCAGCAACUGCAGGGUUUUUGUUUUCCUGGUGGACGUGGCAAAGCUGGCCCACAGCAGGUACCUGCAAAUGUUGCUGGAGACAGUCAUCAAAGGCAUAGGUGGCCAGCUCUGGAGCUAGGGGUAAGAGGCUAUGCAAGUCAAUGGUGAUCUGAGGGGCCUGUUGCCUCUGAUGGGAAGAAUGAAUUGCCUUUAACUCUUGCCCUUGACCCUUGCUCAGCCACAUUUAGGGGUGAUCUGGGCUCCCACCUGUAUGGGGGAGGUCUGUGAAUUACAAAAAAAAAAAAAAAAAAAAAAAAAAAAAAAAAAGCUGGAAUCAGGGCAGAGAAUGAUCAAAGAGUGAGGUUCAGAUGGGAUUGGUAGGGGUCACCUAGAAGAAUAUUCACAUGGUAGUGGGAAGUUCAAGAAUGUAUCAAGUGCCAUGCAGCAUUUGGAGAGAGCUCAGCCUAAGGAUCUGAUCACCAUGUCAACUACAUUCUUUCAUAGGAGCCUCCUUUCCCCACAGCCCUACGGUGCAGGAGCUACAGACUGCUCCAUCUCCAUGUAGAUGUUUUCUUUGGCUGGUCUUGAACUGUGGGGAAUUGACCUAGGGACUGAGUCACUACUAAUUCCAGCUUGGUGGCCCCCUGUCUCUAGAGUGUGGAUGAAACAAAGGGGUUCUGCCUAGGGUUUGGGCUCUCCAGGGCUGCCAUUGGUGCACUGCCCCCUCCCUAUGCUGCAUACCUUGCCCACAGCUGAGCAGCUGGGAGGCUAUUUAUAAAGGCGGUGAGAUCAGCGGCAGAGGCUAUAAAUGCACUGGACACGGCUGAGCCCCACAGGAACAGUGGUCCAGUGCACCAGAGCUUUGGGCUGCGACACCAGGAUGAGCGCCAGUGCUGGUGGUAGUGGUGGUGUGGACUGUGGUGGCAGCAGCAGCAGCAGCUCUCAGACUUCCUGUGGGCCUGAGUCCUCAGGCUCUGAAUUAGCUCCAGUCACACCAGCACCUCGGUUGCUGCAGGGGCUCCUGGGUUCUGAUGAUGAGGAGCAGGAAGACCCCAAGGAUUAUUGCAAGGGUGGUUACUACCCAGUGAAGAUAGGUGAUUUGUUCAAUGGGCGGUACCAUGUGGUGCGCAAGCUAGGCUGGGGCCACUUCUCUACAGUCUGGCUCUGCUGGGAUAUUCAGCGCAAGCGCUUCGUGGCCCUGAAAGUAGUGAAGAGCGCAGGGCAUUACACAGAGACAGCUGUGGAUGAGAUCAAGCUCCUGAAAUGUGUCCGGGACAGUGAUCCUAGUGACCCCAAAAGAGAGACCAUUGUUCAGCUCAUUGAUGACUUCAGGAUCUCAGGAGUUAAUGGAGUCCAUGUGUGCAUGGUGCUAGAGGUCCUGGGCCACCAGCUCCUCAAAUGGAUCAUCAAGUCCAACUACCAGGGUCUGCCUGUGCCCUGUGUUAAGAGCAUUGUUAGGCAGGUGCUACAUGGUCUGGAUUACCUCCAUACUAAGUGCAAGAUCAUCCACACGGACAUCAAGCCUGAGAACAUCCUUCUGUGUGUUGGAGAUGCCUAUAUUAGGCGCCUGGCUGCUGAAGCCACAGAGUGGCAGCAGUCAGGGGCCCAGCCCCCAUCCCGCUCCACAGUUAGCACCGCCCCCCAGGAGGUCUUGACUGGUAAGCUGUCCAAAAACAAGAGGAAGAAGAUGAGGCGCAAAAGGAAGCAACAGAAGUGGCUGCUGGAGGAGCGGCUGCGGGACUUGCAGAGGCUGGAGGCCAUGGAAGAUGCAGUACAGGCUGAGGACUCUGGCUCAAGAUUAGAGCAGGGCAGCGGCUCCACCUCUUCUUCAGGCUGCCACCCAGAGGGCACCAGGGCUGGCCCCUCUCCAGCCUCUUCUUCCCCUGUGCCUGGGGGUGACCGCAGCCUUAGUCCCAGCUCACAGACCUCAGGUUUCUCAGGGUCUCUGUUCUCCACGGCUUCCUGCUCCAUCCUCUCAGGGUCAUCUAAUCAGCGUGAGACUGGAGGUCUCCUGUCUCCUAGCACACCAUUUGGUGCUUCCAACCUCCUGGUGAACCCCCUGGAGCCCCAAAAUGCAGACAAAAUCAAGAUCAAGAUUGCAGACCUGGGCAACGCCUGCUGGGUGCACAAACACUUCACCGAGGACAUUCAGACUCGGCAGUACAGGGCCGUGGAGGUGCUGAUUGGUGCUGAGUAUGGCCCCCCAGCUGACAUCUGGAGCACAGCAUGCAUGGCCUUUGAGCUGGCCACUGGUGACUACCUGUUUGAGCCUCACUCUGGAGAAGACUACAGUCGUGAUGAAGACCACAUUGCUCAUAUCGUGGAGCUUCUGGGAGACAUCCCCCCAGCUUUUGCCCUCUCAGGCCGCUAUUCACGGGAGUUCUUCAACCGCAGGGGACAGCUGCGCCACAUCCAUAACCUCAAGCAUUGGGGCCUAUAUGAGGUGCUCAUGGAGAAGUACGAGUGGCCCCUGGAGCAAGCCACACAGUUCAGCGCCUUCCUGUUGCCCAUGAUGGAGUACAUCCCUGAGAAGAGGGCCAGUGCUGCCGACUGCCUCCAGCACCCCUGGCUUAAUCCCUAGAUCUUGCUGGAGCUGUGGACAGCAGGGGCUGUGCUGGCUUUGCCCCAGCUCACAGUGCCUUGAGGGAAAGCAGGCAACUUCUACCACCCUGUGGGAACUGCUCUCCCACCCUACUGGGUGCUAUUGUGUUCACCCCCUCCCCAUGGCAGGAUAGAAAUGCUGAGGCAAAGCCCACACCUCAGCCUGUCUACUUCUGAUCCUCCUAGAGGGUCCUGAGUGGGAAAGAGUGCUUGUUUCUUUCUUAAUAAAGUGGGAACUGAAACACUGGU